UCCCUUCCCUUACUGUCUGUUUCUGUUUCUCCCUGUCAGCUAUUUGGUCUUCCUCCCCUAUGUCUCCGUUUCUCCUUUGUUCCCUUCUUGCCCUCUCCCUAAAUGUCUGUUACCGAGUUGUAUUUCCUGACCUGCUCCUAUCUGUCUUCCUCUCGCCUUAUCAGUGGCUUUCCACGUUUUUCUUCUAUGACUCGCUAACUCUUUCUCAAUGAUUCUCAUAUUCCCAUUUUCUCUCUCUUUAUCUCUGCUUCUGUUUAUCACUGACCACCUACUUGCCUUUCUCUGUUCUCUUUUUCUGCCUCUAUCCUUGUCUCACAGUCAAUGGUUUUCUGUCUCUGUCUUUGUCUCUCCAUCUCUGUCUCUUGUUUCCUUUCCGUGCAGGGGUCCCAGCCCACAGAUCAUGGCACAUCUGAGCCACCCUUCCCAAUUCGUCCUCUUGGGCUUCUCCUCCUUCGGUGAGCUGCAGAUUCUGCUCUACAGGCCCUUCCUCGCGCUUUAUCUUCUCGCCUUCACGGGAAACACUCUCAUCAUCGUCCCGAUCGUCGCCGACGCCCACCUCCACACUCCCAGGUACUUCUUCCUGGGCAACUUUUCCCUGCUGGAGAUCUUGGUGACUAUGACUGCAGUGCCCAGGAUGCUCUCUGACCUGCGGGCCCCCCACAAGAUCAUCUCCUUCACUGGCUGCAUGGUCCAGUUCUACUUCUACUUCUCCCUGGGCUCCACCUCCUUCCUCAUCCUGUCAGACAUGUCCCUUGACCGCUUUGUGGCCAUCCGCCACCCCCUGCGUUAUGGCACGUUGAUGAGCGGGGACGUGUGUGCCCGACUGGCAGGGGCUGCCUGGGCGGCGCCUUUCCUGGCCAUGGUACGCACUGUCCUCUCCCGCGCUGAUCUCAGUUAUUGCCAUGGCAAUGUCAUUAACCACUUCUUCUGUGACAACGCACCUCUGCUGCAGCUGUCCUGCUCAGACACCAGCCUGCUGGAAUUCUGGGACUUUGUGAUGGCCUUGGCCUUUGUCCUCAGCUCCUUCCUGGUGACCCUCGUCUCUUAUGGCUACAUCGUGUGCACUGUGCUGCGGAUCCCGUCUGCCAGCGGCCGCCAGAAGACCUUCUCCACGUGUGGGUCUCACCUCACGCUGGUCUUCAUUGGCUACAGUAGCACCAUCUUUCUGUAUGUCCAGCCUGGCAAAGCAGACUCUGUGGAGAUCAACAAGACUGUUGCCCUGGUGACAUCCAUCCUCACCCCCUUCCUCAAUCCCUUUAUCCUCACCCUCCGGAAUGAGACAUUCAAGACAGUGCUACAUGGACAGAUGCAGAGGCUGAAAGGCCUCCUCCAGGCACUGUGA